GUCUUGCGACGAAGGGUUUCAUUCUGUGGAUAGCUCUCGACAAGUUAACACUGUUCGCUCUUUUCAAUAUCAAGUUCAAACUUCGAAAAGAAAUAAAGAAAAUAAAGUAAAGUGUUUGAUCGAAAAAAUCAACCAAGUGUCUACGACGUCAUUCAAUUUUUUUUUAAAAAUAAAUCUGUUCUCUAAAAAAUAAAGCGUGAUUUUGAACUGACUUUCAAACUAGUUUUUAAAUAAGUGAUUUCGUACAAUUUUUUUUCUUUCCAAAAGUGAAAAAAAAAUCAAUCGACAAAAUGAUGCACCAAAACGCCUACAUUCAACAAUAUCAGCAAACAUUAAUGCACCAGCACCCGCAACAAAUGAACCAUAUGCAUUCGCAACAACCACAUCAUCAAAUGCAAACUGUUCCAAUGGCAAAAUUAGCCAAACGACCGAUCGCUCCAGCACCACCAUCAAUUGCCGAACACAAUCAGCUAAAUCGUGUCAGCAGCACAAUGAGCAACAGCAAAAAAUCAAAGAUGACAUACGCGCAAAUGGCAUUCACAGCAACUCAACCAGCUUCCGUUCAACGUCGAAAUGCCCGUGAACGUAAUCGUGUGAAACAAGUCAAUAUGGGUUUCAAUAAUUUACGGCAACAUAUUCCACCUGAUGUGGUAACACAACUAUCAAACGGUGGUCGUGGUGCUAGUAAAAAAAUAAGCAAAGUGGAUACAUUGCGAUUGGCUGUUGAAUACAUUCGACGCUUGCAAGGAAUUUUGGACGACAGUGAUACGGAAUCGCUAAGUGCUUCAUCGAACUCAACAUCAUCAUCGACAUCAAGUAAUUCAUACUAUUCACCAAGUCCAGUACAAUGCAUUCAACCACCGCCACCAUGUUCCGAAUCAUCAGCAUCGCCAACACCAUCGUAUUCAUCCGAUAAUUCAUCGGUCGGAAAUUCAAAUUAUAUUUUACCAACAACAUACAAAUACGAAACGUACGAUUCUUAUAAUAAUGUGGAAUCACCAGACGAAGAUGAUCUUUUGGAUGCGAUUACCUGGUGGCAACAACAGUGAGACGAAAAACAUCAUCUAGCUCACGUUAUCUAGUCAUUCCAAAAGAAUUACCUCGUUUUUGUAUUUUAAGUUUCUGUUUAGUACAAGUUCGUAAAAUGUUUACCUUUAAUUUUAAAUAUUUUUGUAAAGCCAUGUACGAUAAGUAUAAAUGAUCAGUUUAAAUUUGAACAAAAUUUAACAAAAAAAAAAUGUGCCUUUUAAAUAUUUUAAUGAUUCGAAAUCCAACAAUAUUUAAGAAAAAACGAAAAAAAAAUUGCGCACACAUUUGUAAAACUUGGAAAUAGGGAAUAGAUCAUUGUAUACUUAAACAAGAUAAACUCGCCAGUGAAAAAAGCCUGAUUUAAAAUUGUUCGUUUUAGGACUAAGACAUAAGAGAGUAUGCGAGAAUGUUUUUUUUUUCUUUGUCAGAGAAACUAUUUAAAUUGAUUUGUAGCCAUGUAAGAUAUUUCGAAAAUAAAAAAAUGU